CGCACAGUCCCGCACGGUGUUUUGUUACGAGAGGGGUUUGGGAAUUCCCCAGGAAAACACCUACGCAUCCAUAAGGCCUUUUCUGGACAAACUGGCCAACAGCAAGCCGCUCACAAGUUGAGCAAUUUGUAGUUUUAUAAUGCUCCGCAAAUGGAGGGAAUCGGCGCUUGCCGCUGUUGUUUGGGAAUUUGUCCAGAAAGAGCUCAUCUUGUUCCCCUAAAAACAUCAACAACCGUCAGACGGAAUCCAUCUGGCUAGAAGCGAAAACGGCGCUUUAGAUAGUUGUCUGGACAAAAAGAUAGUUGUUUGUCAGGAAAGGCAGUUUCUCUUGUUACAGCUGACAUCAUUUAAACGGCGCAUUCGUUUAUAAAUGGAGUGGACGCAAGAUAAUCACGGUGAAUCCCGGAGACAGAAUGUACGGCCUGCACCGAGUUACGCUGUGGAGAAAAGGGGCGCCGUGGACUCUGUCCCGGAGGACUGGUGUGACAGUGGGCUAGACUCCUUAAGCGGGGUCGGACUCGGUUUUGAGGUUCCCUACAGCACGUACACCGAGGCCGAACAGAUGUGGACACCUGGUCGGUCUGACGUCCCUCCGUCGGACGAGUCCGACAACACAAGUACCGUGGAUUGUAUGUCGAUUGGCGGCGGAGAGAGACUCGACUCUGCCAUAGGGGACUCGAUUAAUGAGGAUGCGGUGGUGGGGUGCAUCUCCGACGGGAUCGGCACCAUGAUGCUGGGCGAGCCUGCAGGUACAGACAGACUGGAGGUUUCAAACACUGACGAGGGUCGGCAGCGAAGGAAAGAGCUCUUCGACACGGCCAACUUUCUGUCAGAGGACGGUGACACGGUACUCCAUUUGGCGAUAAUUCAUGAGCAGUGGGGUGUUGUUCAGUGCCUGCUUGGAGAAAUUGUGGUGGACAACACGUGGACUCCUUACCUGAACAUCCAAAAUGACCUGGGUCAGACCGCUUUACAUUUAGCAGUCAUUGUAGACCGGAGUGAGUGUGUUCGGGCACUGUUGUGGAGUGGAGCCAGUGCGGAGAUCCAAGAGAGGGGCGGAAACACACCUUUACACCUGGCUGUCCGAGAGCUUCGCACAGAGUGUGUGAGAGAGCUGACCAGCUGCUCACAGACCCCACCAGUGCACUUGAACACCACCAAUUAUGCAGGUGUGAGUGCACUGCACCUGGCUGUACAUAGGGGCAAUUGUGAGAUCAUCAAAAUGCUGUUGGAGGCAGGAGCAGAUGUAAAUCAACGGGAUUUGGGGUCAGGUCGGUCUCCGUUGCACUGGGCGAUAGAAAGUCAGAGGUCAGAGGUAGUGGAGUUAUUAUUGAGCGCUGGUGCAUUGGUGAAUCAGCGCUCAUAUGCAGGCCACACCCCAUUCUACUGUGCCCUUUACCGACCCAACAAAGAGGUGCAAGCCCUACUUCGUGCCCAUGGGGCCACAUACACACAGGACGAUGAAGAAGAGGAGGAGUUUCGAGAGAGUGAGGAGGAGGAGUUUGAUGAUGUCAUCAUAAAUGGACAGCGAGUGCUGUAGCUGCAAAACAUGGACACUACUCUGCCAUUAGACCCUUUGAACUCAAGCUGAACGACUGUGGUGUCUGAUUGUAUUUGGUCGAGGCUGUUGUGUGUCUGCUUGUGUAUUUUGUUUUAAGGUACAGUAUGAUGUCAGUAUGCUGGAUUUGGUUCAGGCUGAUGGGAGUGCUUAGCUAGAUUCUGUUAUUCAUCAGACAUCACGCAAAGCCUUUUAAAGCUAUAACAAUGGAGGCAGCUUUUCAUUUAGUAAAACCUCUCAUUGGCUCAUCUCAUUUAUGUUAUAAUAUAGGGAUAGUUCACUUACAGAUGAAUAUGCUGUCUUACCCUAAUGGUGGUUCGAGGCUGUGUGACUUUUUCUUCUGAGGAAUAAGAAGAAAAUGUCUUAAAAAUUGAGAAAAAAAGUGUUUUUUGUGCACACAUUAAAAAUUAGUGGAGUCCAAUGUUGAUAAGGCAGUUUAUCCUAUAUCAUACCUUUAGGUAAAAUGUCUUCCACAGAAAAAACAGUCAUUUAAUUUUUGAAUUACAUAAGGGUGAGAAAAUUAUUUAAACUUUGGGUGAAUUAUUUCUUUAAGAACCAAAUUCCCUAGAAGAUACCAAACAAUGUACAUUGUGAUUUCCACUAGUGAGUAGAUUAAUUAUUUCCACAAUAGUGGCUUUCUUUCUAUGUUAAAAUAAAUUAUUAGCCAAAUUUAGCUGAAGAAAUCUUGAAGAGAAGUUGAAUGGUUUUUAAUAAAUUUGUUAACUUACUAUUACUGCUACACAGCAACUAUUGAGUGGAGUGUCACUGUUUUCAUGGUGACCUCAGUUUUUUUUUUUUUUACAGUAGAUGUUUUUAUUUUCCUGUAAUGUUGGGUCUUGGGGUGAAUAUGAUAGACAGGUGGAUAUACAGUCUGUCAGACAGAAAUGUGUUUAGAGUGCUGACUCAAAAAAAUGGAUGAAAUUACAGACAGCACAGAAUACUACAAUACAAAUGGCAACUCAAACUUUGAAUUGGAUGCAAAGAAAUACAAUUAGAGGUAAAUUUUUGAUUUAGGCACAUUAAUACCGUUUACGGUCACACCAGCAUAUUAUUUGAACUGUAAAGCAUCUAACAAACAUUCCAAAUGAUACUAAACAUGACAACACAACACUUUUUUGUCUUAAAACAUAAAAAAUAUACACUUAAAAUAUAUUAUAACAUAAAAGUAUAUGUAAAUUAUAACAGUAAACAGAUCUGAAUUAACUGGUUCUGUCUGACAUUUUUUUGAAUUGUAAUGAAAGUGGAGAUUGAUCUCUAUUCACUCAUGUGGGGGCAUUAUGGUCGUGGACAUUUACAAUCAUUUAUAUAUAGGCCCAUUUCAAAUUUCCUGUUUUUGGGGUGAAGGAUAAUUUUUUUUUUUUGACGAUGAUGAUUGGUUCCCUCUGUUGUAAUAUAAUGACUUCCUUUGGAAGUCAGGGCUCCUGAUCUACUUGUACUUGUCCUCUGUGAGUUGACUGUGUAUUGUUGAGCAGAGGAAGAUUGUCCUGUUUUAAUUGAGAAGGUUAAUGGUUCAUCCAGUGACAAUAUAUCUUUGGUUUGACCUUAUGCUUAGGCAAAUGAAGCCACAGUAACAGCUUGGGGUAGAUGUUAAGACAAGAAAGAGAGAGGAAGGAGCAACAUUUAGGGAUUAAUGAAACAAGUGUAGCAAUGUCUUAAGUUAAGGGCUACAGUUAUUUUUAGGGGAAACUGGAUUUGCAUUUAAGUGAGGUUCCUCUCAUCUACAUAUUUCUGUUUACUUGGUGAUGGGUGAAAUGACUGAAAUGCUCUUAGAAACCAUUCAAAUAAACAAUAAUGACAAGAA